AUGACGCUCGCCGUAACGCCGUCCGAUUUCCUGAUCGCCUCGCUGCCCGGCCUGUCGCCACCGCCGACCUUCAAGCAGUAUGCCGGUCUGCUGCCCAUCGGCGACGCCGCUGGGACUGAGCUGUACUUCUGGUUUGUCGAGUCAGCGCGCAGCCCGGCAAAGGACCCGCUCGUCUUCUGGACCAACGGCGGGCCCGGCGCCAGCAGCGUCGCCUUCGGCUUCUGGACGGAGCACGGCCCCUUCCGCCUCUCAAACUCGAGCGGCAUCGUCCGCCCGGUGCCAUAUAACCAUUCGUGGAACCGCAUCGCUAACGUGCUCUACGUCGAGAUGCCGUCGGGCGUCGGCUACUCGCAUUCGCGCAAUGCGAACAAAUACCGCAAUGUCACCGACGCGGCUGCGGCCGCGGACACGUACACCUUUCUCCAGCGGUGGCUUGACGUCUUCAGCGGCUACAAGGGCCACCCCUUCUACCCUGCGCCUCCUCUCAAAACCGGCGCCUCUGCCACCGCAGGCCACUACGUGCCGACCAUCGCAAAGGCGAUCCUCGACGGCGGCGGCCCGCUCCUCGCGCAGACCAAGGGCUUCCUCAUCGGCAAUCCGGGCAUCAACUCGGACUGGUACUACAACGUCAACGAGUACGCCUUUGUCACGUACAUGUGGUCGCACGGCCUCAUUCCGUCGCCGGCGUACACCGCAGCCAGGGACGCGUGCGGCUGGGGCUCCUUCCUCACAGACUGCCGCCAGGACGCGACGCACCCGUCCCCAGCCUGCCGCGCGGCCACCAGCGCGGCGCUCAAGUACGUGCCCUCGCCGCUCGACCCGUAUGAUGUGCUCGCGCCGACGUGUGCGCGCACGGCCGCCGACGCGGCGGCGGCCGACGCGUCGGUCGUGCGGGACCAGCCCUUCCUCCGCCGGCUCCGCGAGACGCACGGCGCCGACAGCACGCCGAGGUACGACCCCUGCCUCUCCGACCUCACGCCCGCCUACAUGAACCGGGCCGACGUGCGGGCGGCCGUGCACGCGCCACCCGCCUCGCUGCACGAGCGGCCGUGGCCGACGACGCCGCCCGGGUGGCACUACAACCAGGGCGUCGCCGGCGAGAAGGCGGACAUUGCGCGGCUCUUCCCCGACUUCUUUGCCCGGGCUCCGCACUGGCGCCUCGCCGUCGUCUCGGGCACCGCGGACUCGGCGGUGCCCUUCCUCGGCACUGAGCGGUGGAUGGAGUGCCUCGGCCUUCCGGUGGAGGACGACUGGCGGCCGUGGCACCUGGACCGCGAUGUGGCGGGCAUGGUGAAGCGCUGGGCGCCCGACCUCUCCCUCGUCACCGUCAAGGGCUGCGGACACACGAUCCCAUACUCGUGCCCCGAGAAGGGCCUCGCCUUCCUGGCGAACUAUCUGAACCGCUCUCGGGGUUGUGAGUGA